GUACAGGUGGGGGAUAUUUGAAGUAGACAGUUGUUGCUGGAGGGAGAAGGAGCCAGUCAGAGCGCACGAAGAGACGUGGCUGGUAGCAGUCAGUCAAGGAGGGUAAUAUCCCGGUGUGAGCCAACGCACGGGCAUACAGAGCGAGAGGAGGGCACCCGUUCCGGACACUUUACACUAGGCUGGCUACAUCCUGUGUUACAAAUUCAUAUAUGAAGAAAAGCAAUCAGGUGGUCCUGAAUGGCGAAUAAAAGGUGAAUAAAACGAGAGUACUGGUGAGACAGACGGUGGUGAGGCUGAGGCAGGCUGUGAUGCAUGGAGGAGGAGGCAGAGGAGACAGAGAGAGAAAGGUUCCAUGACUUUAUGGAGACAUUUUCAUUUGUAAUUCCGGAGACAUUUCUUCCCAUUCUUUCCAAGAAGUGACGCAACAUCAACACUCCCAGUAAGCUGGACACAGGAAUAUUUGUUGUGUUACAAGAGCUACGCCAGAGCACCCAGACAGACCAAGUCUCGACGUACAGGUUACUGAUUACAUGAUUUUAUUGGUUUUAUUAUGGGUUUUCAUUGAGCUAUUACAAAUGAAGAUGAAAACCAUGGAGGGUUAGAGACGGUUGGCAAGGACACAGGAGAGGCGUCAUGGGAGGAACAAAACGGGAUAAGAAACCAGACGGGAUAAGAAAUGUGACGACUGACUGAGCAAAAGAAGAAAACGGCAGAGAAAGAAGGAAAGAGAGAAGGAUUGUGUGUUCUCUACUUUCUCAGAAGUGCAGCCCCUAAAUUCCUGUUACUAUGCCUGAGAGAGGGAGGGCAGCAGACCAGUCAAAAUGAACCCCUACGUCACCUCUCACUUUAGGAGGGAUCUCUUUCCCCACUUCCACUUGUUGUAGAGGCUUCUCUUCUCUUCUCCCCUCUCUUACUGUUUGUGUGACAUGACAACACCUGUCUCUGUGUAAACCUAGGACAGUAGGUAACACCUGUCUCUGUGUAAACCUAGGACAGUAGGUAACACCUGUCUCUGUGUAAACCUAGGACAGCAGGUAACACCUGUCUCUGUGUAAACCUAGGACAGUAGGUAACAUCUGUCUUUGUGUAAACCUAGGACAGUAGGUAACAUCUGUCUCUGUGUAAACCUAGGACAGUAGGUAACAUCUGUCUCUGUGUAAACCUAGGACAGUAGGUAACAUCUGUCUCUGUGUAAACCUAGGACAGCAGGUAACACCUGUCUCUGUGUAAACCUUGGACAACAGGUAACACCUGUCUCUGUGUAAACCUAGGACAGUAGGUAACACCUGUCUCUGUGUAAACCUAGGACAACAGGUAACACCUGUCUCUGUGUAAACCUAGGACAACAGGUAACAUCUGUCUCUGUGUAAACCUAGGACAGUAGGUAACAUCUGUCUCUGUGUAAACCUAGGACAGCAGGUAACACCUGUCUCUGUGUAAACCUAGGACAGUAGGUAACAUCUGUCUCUGUGUAAACCUAGGACAGUAGGUAACAUCUGUCUCUGUGUAAACCUAGGACAGCAGGUAACACCUGUCUCUGUGUAAACCUAGGACAGUAGGUAACAUCUGUCUCUGUGUAAACCUAGGACAAUAGAUAACACCUGUCUCUGUGUAAACCUUUGACAACAGGUAACACCUGUCUCUGUGUAAACCUAGGACAGUAGGUAACAUCUGUCUCUGUGUAAACCUAGGACACCAGGUAACGACUGUUGCCUUGGUAUUCUCCUGUGUUGUGCCUUUGUUGCUCCUAGUUAGGGUGUUACACUGUAAACUGUCCUAGGUGAUCUGGUUAAGGUGUUACACUGUAAACUGUCCUCAGGGAGCUGGUGAAGGUUUGAACUGUUCCUCAGGAACCUAGUAACAUGUUUAGCUUGUUCACUGGGGUCAAAGACUUGCCAGUGUUCGAAACCACAGUCUACUGGAAAUGAGUACGGAAGGUGAAGUCUAAUAUCGCAACCAAACAUUUUUUAUGUCAUUUGGAUUUGCUCUGAAUUAAACCUUUUGAGUUUUCUUAGAUUUUUAUCCCUAAGGGAUUUGGCAUGCAAAAAACUAAAACAAUCUCCCUUCCCAGAAUAUUACCUUUGUUUGCCUCAGUGGGUCGUUGUUUUUACCCAGUAUUCCUUGCAUGUCCUCUGCACAUUAUUGCCACAUUUUUCCAAGGCAAUUAGACUGGAAGCUUUUCUGAAAUGGAUAAACAUGUGUGUUCUCUGUCAAGCAGGGGUGUUGAGUAUGACACUUGAACCAAGAGGAGAGAACUAAAACCAACCCGUUUGGAAAAAACAAAGACACGGCACCUCCCGUCCCAGGAUUGGACAGGAUUUGACCUCUGAAAUAACAUUUGAGCUCUGAGUUUUCAUAGAGGUCAUCCACAGGUGUAUGCCCUGUGUGCCUGUUACCCCUCCCCUCUUUCCCCACAACCGGCCAAUAGGAUUCUGCUCCUCCUACACAUUCACUUUGACUCUAUAAUAGGUGUUGUAUAGAAUUAAUCCUGGUAUCAUAUGUAUAGGAUGGUACACAAAAAUAGGUACACAGAAAGUACACACAAUUGUACAUGCCUUGGCGUUCAAGUCAAGUAACUUCAUUCUCUCUCCUUUUAUUUAUUGUCUUUCUCCCUCUCUUUCCCUCACUCCCUCUGUUAUAGAGAAUUCUCCCAUGCAGUUGUAGUGGAGAGUAAGUCUCCUUAUUGUUGUAUACAUUUUUACAACACUGAGUUAAUGCGAUGUAGCUGAUCUGGUCAGUAGUCAGUCUGCGCAGUGUGUUCUGUACUGAAUUGACAAUGCCUUUAGGAGAAACACAGAGACUCUCAGGAAUAGGAUAUUCUGUUAAAAAAGCAGUCACCUGAGAGAAAACAUAUUUCAAAUGUCUCUAAAAGUCUGCUUUUGUUGUGCCAAGAACUCACCACUGACAUUUGAGGACUUUUGUGGCUUGGAAAAGAUACUUGGAUUUGAGGGGAAACUGCUGGUCACAGUCUCCCACUUGUGAGAGACACUGAGUGAGUAUUAUUUACACAGUGCAUGGCUACUGUAGCUCAUAAAUGUGUUCCAAGGCCCUGUAGCAAAGGAAACAUAGAUAUAAAAGGGUGGAGGAACAUACUCUGACUGAUAGGAAGUGAAUGGAUUGGAAUUGUGUACCAUUAUCUGAAUCAAUAGUCUAAGGAGUUCCUCCUCUGUUUCAAUCUGCCUUGUGUAUUUUCCAUGACCAAACCACUGGGAAGUGAAGAUCAUGGAACGUAAGAAACAGCAUGCUAUUCUUUUCUCUGCUGGUUGCAUGUUAGAUACGUGUUAGAAACAUAGACACCGUUUGACUGUACUUUACUGUGGAUCUACCCCUGGACUCUGUAUUGUCAUAUUGCACUUUAGUGAAUGUGGGGAGUAUAUAUCUUCCUUACUACUACCCCAUUGUAUCCCCAGCUCUCAUCCCUUCAAGCUUCUCAGUUCCUGUAGCCUGCUCAAUGUGUUUCCCUCGUGCUGUUUCAAACUGUCAGCAAAACUCCUGCUUCCUCGUAAGAUGGCCACAGACUAUGGGUCCCUCCUGUUGAUACCCUGGACAUGUGUGUAACCUCCCUCUUCAGCCCAAAGGAGUGUAAGUACUACAGGGACUAUACAGUAUUACUGCGAGACUGUGUAUCUGCUGCUGUGGAAUACGUUUCUGACCAGAGGAGUAUAUGCAGCAACAACUUGACCACUGAGUUUCCUUCAAGAGAAUGGAAGGAAGACUGUGAAUCAGGACACUGUAGAGCUGUGAGUAACCCUGACUGUUAAUAAAAAGUUAGUGGAACAAUGAUCCGGGAAGUGAGGGAAGUCAUCUACUGCUGGAUACAGUUUUCCCUCAUGGAUUUACCUUUACCACAUCAGAUGGAUUACUUUUCACCAUAGAAACAGUGGAACUGGAAAGAAGUACAGAACACCAGGUUCUUAUCAAUACCUAGGUGGUCAUAAACUCACAAGCACAUAGGAGUUGAGACUACAGCUUCAUCAGCGUAAGACAUUGUAUUUAGCACCAUGGGAGCGGCGCGUGUUAAGCGACGUUUCAGUGCGGUGGUUGACGGGCUGGUAGACGAGGAGGAAGUCAUUAAGCUGGCUCUGAGUGUUGCUGACACGGCCAGGGUGGGGGGGAGCACGGGAGGCUCAGGGAGCCCCACCAGUCUCUCUCCCACACACAACCGAAAUGGCAAAGCACUCCCCCUGCAGGGCAACGGCAGCAAUGCACGGAGGCCCAGCGGAGCCCUGGAGGCAGGAGGAGGGGAAGGAUCGAUGAAAGGAGGAGGGCGCUCAGGACUGAGGGGCGGGAGGGGCGGAAGUCUGGGGAGAAGGGGAGAAGGCUGUUCGUCCUCGGACCGAGAUUCAACACUGUCGUCCCCUUCCUCCUCAAGCCGCCGGCCCACCCGGCACUCUAGACGCCGGCCCCGCCACCGCUUUGUGGGCAAGGACGGGCGCUGCAACGUCACCUUCGUCAACAUGAGCGAGAGGGGCCAGCGUUACCUCAGCGACCUUUUCACCACCUGCGUGGACAUCCGCUGGCGUUGGAUGCUAGUCAUCUUCUGCCUCUCUUUCCUCCUCUCCUGGCUGCUCUUUGGCUUCGCCUUCUGGCUCAUUGCCGCCGCGCACGGGGACUUCGCCAUCCACCUCAACCCCAGCUCGGGUGCCUCUUCCGGGGGAGGAGAUGAGUCCGGAGCAGGGGCGGUGGUGGAAGUGGAGGAAACGUGUUUCGUUCAGGUGAACAGCUUUAUGGCGGCCUUCCUGUUCUCCCUGGAGACGCAGACGUCCAUUGGUUACGGCUUCCGCAGCGUGACCGAGGCCUGCCCCCUGGCGGUGAUGGCGGUCGUCUUGCAGUGCAUUGUGGGCUGCAUCAUCGACGCCUUCAUCAUCGGAGCGGUCAUGGCGAAGAUCGCUAAGCCCAAGAAGCGUAACGAGACGCUGUUGUUCUCUGACACGGCAGUGGUGGCGCUGAGAGACGGGAAACUCUGCAUGAUGUGGAGGGUGGGGAACCUACGCAAGAGCCACCUGGUAGAGGCACACGUACGUGCACAGCUAUUGAAGCCGAGGGUGACCCCAGAGGGAGAGUUCCUCCCGCUGGACAAUGAGGACAUCAAUGUGGGAUUCGACACGGGAACCGACCGCAUCUUCCUGGUUUCCCCGGUAACCAUCGUCCACGAGAUCGACGAUGAGUCGCCGUUUUUUGAGAUGGACCGUCGGACUCUGGAGGGCGACGCGGAGCUGGAGGUGGUGGUCAUUCUGGAGGGUAUGGUGGAGGCCACAGCCAUGACCACACAGUGUCGCAGCUCCUACCUCGCCUCCGAGAUCCUCUGGGGUCACCGCUUCGAACCUGUGCUCUUCGAGAGGAAGAACUGUUACCAGGUGGACUACUCGUUCUUCCACCGGACCUAUGAGAUUCCCAGCACACCCUCUUGCAGUGCAAAAGAGUUAGCCGAGCAGAAGUACAUCCAGGGCUCACGCUCCUCCUUCUGCUAUGAGAACGAAGUAGCCCUGCAGCUCGUCUCCCCUGACAAUGACCCUGAGGGCAACCCUGGCGUCUGCCCCUCCUCCCUGACCCACCGAUCCUCCCUCUCACAACCCACCCACACUAACUAGGGAGGCGACAGGCAGAGGGGACAGGAAGUGACCUAGGAUCCACAGGAAGUCAGGGACAGACAAAGGGAGAGAGAGGCAGAAAGAGAUACAGGCUUCAUAGGGAAAGAGACCAACGUAGAGAAAGGUAAGUAGAAGAUUUAGGGAAAAGGACAACAUUGAGAGACUGAAGUUGAGAGAGGUGUAGAAAGAGAAACAGAAGACACCACAAAGACGCCGAGAGACAGAGAUACUGUAUACUGUCAAACAGAGAGAGAAAAGGACAGACAGAUAGGACAGAACAGGAGAGAGAGGGAUAGAAAGAGAGAGAGAAUUGUCUUUGAAAGGGGUAGAUGGGCUGCUGCUACUCUAACUGUGUUGGCUGAUUUGGACAUAGCGAUCUUUCAGAAUCAUUAUGAACCCGUCUGUCUCAGACCCGUCCCGUCAACCAACCGCUACAUUCACCACUGGCUCCAGCACCUAGCUGACCACACAUACAACACUGACCCCUAUUGGCUUCAGUCUGUACCUGCAGCUCCUGUUCAGUUACAACUCACACUGGACACAUGGGAGUAAGGUGAAGCUGCCCCCUAGACACUGAGCUAUGACCAGUUUAGUGUUUCUGCCCCCUAAUGGUGAAGGUUAGGUUUUGGAGAGGCUAAGCUGAUCCUAGAUCUGUGCCUACGGGUAACUUCUACACCAAACCUGUUGAUGUUGAAUACUGUGUGAGAGAAUGAGGUAAAACGGUGUAUAUCUAUCUACACAUUGAGGGAUGUUUGUUGAAAGACAAGGCAUUAUUGAUAUGUUUUUGAUUCUGGUGAUUUGUGUUCUGUCAAGGUUUGAGCAGGUCUGUUGUGUUAGACUGCUAUGUAGCAAAAUGGAUACAGAGAAACAGCUGGAAAUAAGCAGCGGUUUUAAGCUGUUUCUUUGACUUGUACUGUAUGUUGUUAUUCUGUAUUUAUAAUGCAAGACUAUUAUAUAUUUGCUUUAUUUAAUCAAACAUGUUGCUUGUUCAACUGGGUGCAGUGUCAGCACAAAACCAUAUGAGUGCAUCGUCUGGUAACAUGUUAUUUGAAGGUCUACUUCUAAACUUAUGAUUGAUUGUUUAAUAUGGUUAACUAUGGUUAACAAACAAAGGUUUAUAAGUACUUUGUAAGCAGAACUUUGAUUAAAAUGUUACCUUAUGUUAUUUAAAAAAUUCUACAGUACCCAGCUGAAGGGACAAUCUUAUGUUAAUGUUUACCUCUGUCUUGAAUAUGAGAUUCUGUCACCUGAGAUUCUGUGUUCCUCAAACAUUUAACUUUGUAUGAUUUUCCUCAGUAUUUUCUUUAUUUAGUUCAUUUGCUGAAUACUGUAUAUUUGUUAGAGUUUGAAGGGGAAAAUGGGGGAUGUUAAAGGUAGACUCAGCGAUAUGACGUAGAUGCAGAAAGUAAACAGCAUAGUGGGUCAAUUUCCACAACAACUAAGAGCGUUGAAGUGUGAGGCUCAACUUCUCUGCUGUUUAAAUACAUAGUGAGGGUAUUCCAUACCGGUAAAAUUUGAGUCUAUCACAAUAAUGAAAACAAAAUGUUGCCGAGGCUGAGAUGGAUGGCUGACACUGAGACCCGCGCGGACAGUAGUGGACGCAUAAAUUCUGGCCUAAUGACAAUCACCAAAAUGUCAUCACACUUGUUGGUGUUUUGUGUAACAGAGGUCUCUUUCCAUCCACCACUGUUUGGAGGCUGGAGACAUGUUGAGACUGGAUGAACAUGUAAAGGAGGCCUUUGAAGUGAUUGCUUGACAAUCAGAUGAAAACAUCCUGACUGGUGGUUUGUGCCACAGUAGAAGGUAAUACAUUACCUACAUACAUUAGUUAAGUUAAAUAACAAAUCUUUAGUACGAGGCCCACAGAGAUCCUAAUGAAUGAACAGAAAUCCUAAUGAAAGAAUAGAGAUUCUAUAUGGAAUGAAUGAAUAGAGAUUCUAUAUGGAAUGAAUGAAUAGAGAUUCUAUAUGGAAUGAAUGGAUAGAUUCUAUAUGUAAUGAAUGAAUAUAGAUUAUAUAUGGAAUGAAUGGAGAUUCUAUAUGUAAUGAAUGAAUAGAGAUUCUAUAUGGAAUGAAUGAA